AUGUCGACCCCUCGAAGAAGCAAACGAUCCAAGGUUCAUCACGACACCGAGCAAACAGCAAGCAUGAGUGCCCAUAACGUCUACCCCCACCCUGAACCCCAGUUCUCCCACUUUGCCAGCCGGCGUUCAGUCGUACACAGUACUAAAGGCAUGGUUUCGUGUACACAACCCCUCGCGGCUGCUGCUGGUAUCAAGAUCCUAGAGAAAGGCGGAAACGCAGCAGACGCAGCCGUGGCAGUAGCUGCGGCUAUCAAUGUUACAGAGCCAAGCUCUACGGGCAUUGGUGGUGACAUGUUCUGCCUAUAUUACGAUGCCAAAACAAAAAAGAUUUCUGCCAUGAAUGGAUCGGGUCGUUCAGGCCAAAACAUGACGCUUGAGAGGAUGCGAAAAGCCCUCGAUUUGGCUGAAGGGGAGACUGGAAACAUCGCAAUGGAUAGUGUACAUUCAGCGACUGUCCCUGGUGCAGCGGCUGGAUGGGUUGAUUGCGUCGAGCGCUUCGGAAGUGGCAAGGUCAGCAUGCAGGAGAUCUUCGAACCUGCCAUUGACCUUGCCGAGAACGGCUUUCCUGUGUCAGAGUUAGCUGCUACGUUUUGGCAGAAUAGUGAGAAGAAUCUUCGGAAAGCAUCGCCCAAUGGCCACGAGAUGCUCAAGAAAGACCCUUCGGCCUUGGAUGGCUGUAGGGCGCCCAAAGCAGGAGAAAUCAUGAGAAUUCCUACCAUGGCAAAGACCUUCAAGCUGCUCGCAAAAGACGGUAAGAAGGGCUUCUACGAGGGCGAAGUGGCGGAGCAGAUCAUCAAGGUCGUGGCAGAUCUGGGCGGCUAUCUCACCCUGGACGAUCUGAAACAUCACGCCGAGACUGGAUCUGAAGCUGUUGAUCCCAUAUCGCUCAAAUACACAGGCCAAGGGGUAGGAGAUAGCACGAAUGGAGGUAUCGAAUUAUGGGAGCACCCUCCUAAUGGCCAGGGAAUCGUUGCCCUGAUGGCGCUGGGUAUCAUCCAGGAACUGGAAAAGCAAGGCAAAAUCUCAAGAUGGCAACACAAGGAUCACAACAGCACGGCACAUCUGCAUGCCUUGAUCGAAGCGCUGCGUAUAUCCUUUGCUGAUGCACACUGGUUUGUCACGGAUCCCAACGUUGUCAAGGUGCCUUCUGCCGAACUCAUCUCGGAAAAGUAUCUGGCCAAGCGCGCAAAACUCUUUGAUGCUAAAAAGGCUGCCUCUGCACCCAUCCACGGCUCGCCAGCACAUAUGCGAAGCGACACCGUCUACUUUUGCUGUACAGAUCCAGAGGGCAACGCCAUCUCCUUCAUCAACAGCAAUUAUGGAGGCUUUGGUAAUUGUAUCAUUCCGAAAGGCUGCGGUUUUACGCUGCAGAAUCGCGGCGCGAAUUUUAGUCUCGAUAAAAGUCAUCCCAAUGUGCUAGCACCAAGAAAGCGACCAUACCACACAAUUGUCCCCGGCCUGACAACAUUUGCUAAUGACAACAGCCUGCAUUCAGUAUUUGGUGUCAUGGGCGGGUUCAUGCAACCUCAAGGCCAUGUGCAAGUCUUGUUGAACCAGGAAGUGUUCAAACUCAAUCCACAAGCUGCGCUAGACUCACCGCGGUUCUGUAUCGGUUCUGGCAUGCCUGGCGACGAUGGAAAGAGGUCGGAUGCUACCAUCUACUUGGAAGAAGGCAUCGAUCCCAAGGUUGUAGAGGAGCUGCGUGCACUGGGCCACAACGUUCAGCAGCUGACCGGCUAUGGCCGUGCCAUGUUUGGACGAGGCCAGAUCAUUCCACGUCAUGUCGAUGACGGUAUACAGGUAUGGAGCGGUGGUAGUGAUUUGAGGGGUGAUGGUGCGGCUGUACCAUUGUAG